GAAAAGAGAGAGAGUGGAUGUGUGAGAGAAGGAGUGUGUCUGGGUGGGUGGGUGUGUACUUCCACCCCAGAGUGGGAGAGAGACUACACCCAGCUCUGUGUUUUGGUUUCUUGCUUUUUGGAUUACGGCCGGAUUAUCGUCACUCCACAAUUUGAGCAGAGAUGAACGGACGUGCUCUACCGCCGUCCAUACCCGAAGACGGGGAAGUCUGGGACCACGGUCCGCCCGGCAGGAUCAAUGGUCACCAUCAAGGGUUUCGGGAGGCCGAGGGCAGUGAGGCAGAGGUCCCGGUGUCAAAGUCCCAAAGGCGGAAGAGCGACGUCAAAGUCUACAAGGAGUUUUGCGAUUUUUAUGCUCGCUCCAACAUGGCCAACGCGCUGGCCAACGCCAUGUGCGAGCGCUGCAAGAGCGGCUUUGCUCCGGCGGAGAAGAUCGUCAACAGCAACGGCGAGCUGUACCACGAGCAGUGCUUCGUGUGCGCCCAGUGUUUCCAGCAGUUCCCCGAGGGACUCUUCUAUGAGUUUGAAGACAGGAAGUACUGUGAACAUGACUUCCAGAUGCUCUUCGCUCCGUGCUGCCACCAGUGUGGUGAGUUCAUCAUCGGCCGUGUCAUCAAGGCCAUGAACAACAGCUGGCAUCCGGAAUGUUUCUGCUGCGACAUCUGCCAGGCCGUGCUCGCCGACGUGGGAUUCGUCAAGAACGCCGGAAGGCACCUGUGUCGUCCGUGCCACAACCGGGAGAAAGCGCGCGGUCUGGGCAAGUACAUCUGUCAGAAGUGUCACGCCAUCAUUGAGGAGCAGCCCCUCCUCUUCAAGAACGACCCCUACCACCCUGACCACUUUAACUGCAACAACUGUGGGAAGGAGCUGACCGCCGACGCCCGGGAGCUGAAGGGAGAGCUCUACUGUCUGCCCUGUCACGACAAGAUGGGGGUUCCCAUCUGCGGGGCCUGCAGGAGACCCAUCGAGGGCCGCGUGGUCAACGCCAUGGGCAAGCAGUGGCAUGUGGAGCAUUUUGUGUGUGCAAAGUGUGAGAAACCCUUCCUGGGACAUCGUCACUACGAGCGCAAGGGCCUGGCGUACUGUGAGACCCACUACAACCAGCUCUUUGGAGAUGUUUGCUAUCACUGCAACCGUGUGAUCGAAGGAGAUGUGGUGUCGGCCCUCAACAAGGCUUGGUGUGUCAACUGUUUCUCUUGCUCCACCUGCAACACCAAGCUCACACUCAAGGAUAAGUUUGUGGAGGUGGAUCUGAAGCCGGUGUGCAAGUACUGCUACGAGCGUCUCCCAGACGACAUGAAACGCCGCCUGGCAAAGCGGGAGCGAGACUCCAAGGAGAAAAAGAAGAAACCUUUGAUACCCAUGUGUCUGUGAUACCUUCCUUCUCUCCUUCUCUUGGAACAAGUUUGUGGAGUUCGACAUGAAGCCGGUCUGCAAGAAAUGCUACGAGAAAUUCCCACUGGAGCUGAAGAAGAGACUGAAGAAGUUGUCUGAAACCCUGGCCAGGAAGUAAACAUCCACAGUCAUUGGUGGCUCUAAUCACUUCCUGUUCAGCCAUGAUGAUGAUGUUGUUACUGAUGAUGCUCUUCUAUAUUCAUGUUCAGCCAUGAUGAUGAUGUUGUUACUGAUGAUGCUCUUCUAUAUUCAAGGAGUCCAAAGAAAAAUGAAGAAAACACAUUUUGGUUCAAAGGGGAGCUGCACUUUUAAAGUUAAAGUAGCAAUGAUUGUCACACACACACACACACACACUAGGCGUGGUGAAAUUUGUCCUCUGCAUUCGACCCAUCCCCUUGUUCAUCCCCUGGGAGGUGAGGGGAGCAGUGAGCAGCAGCGGUGGCCACGCCCGCGAAUCAUUUUUUAGGUGAUUUAACCCCCAAUUCCAACCCUUGAUGCUGAGUGCCAAGCAGGGAGGUAAUGGCUCCCAUUUUUAUAGUCUUUGGUAUGACUCAGCCGGGGUUUGAACUCACGACCGAGCCAUCUCAGGGCGGACACUCUAACCACCAGGCCACUGAGCUGGUAUUUAAAGUUAAAGUUCAUUUAAAGUGAAUAGGUUUUUAAAUGUUGCCUAUCAUUCACAACCCUUUAUGUAAGACAAGAACACAUUUCUCUCUUUUUUUAUGCAUUCUAAGUCGUAAAUAAACACUAGCAAAAGUCAGCUAACAAUGCAGCUAAUGGGGGUAGUCUAUUCAUAAAGCUCUCCAAAAAAAAACAUCCAAAAAGCGCCAGCAAAACUCCAUUUACAUGUCAUGACCUGAAUAUUGGCCAAUUAUUAGCGAUACUAUUAUAAGUGCUAACGCAGACCACCUAUUUUUAGCGGCGCUGCUAUAUUGACAUCCUGAGCUGCUGCAUCACCUCUGAGUUGGUGAAAGUUAAUUCUAGAUCAAAAAUAAUGUCUCUCACCUGGAUAGUAGAAGGUUGUGGACAUAAACCCACAAGUUGGUUAAAUUUGACAUCCAAUUUGAAAAACUCUCAUUUUUGUUUAACACUGUUUAAGGAUUAUGAUUAAUUCUUCAUCUAAACGGGAAGAUAUAAACAUCUCGUCCGUCCUUAUCCCAAUGAGAGCAAACAUUGUACAGUAAUUGAUUGUUUUAUUAUGUUUGUAUAUCUUUUUUAGCACUUAGCAAUACUGCUACAUGAUGCUUAGUGUUUCACUAAAACUACAUCUGUUUAGCACACAGCUUCUAAAAUUGGUAGAUCAUCCUUCUUAUGUUCAGGCUCAAAAAUGUAAGUUUCUGGCUCAUCAUUUUUCCCAAAUUAGUUUAAAACUUGUAGAUCAUCCUCCUUAUAUUCAGCCUAAAAAAUAUAAGGUUCUGGAUCAUCAUUUGUCCCAAAGUAGUCUUUAUAUUUAUAUUAUAUUUAUAUAGCGCUUUUUCUCUGGUGACUCAAAUCGCUUUAAAUAGUGAAACCCAAUAUCUAAUUUUUACAUUUAAACCAGUGUGGGUGGCACUGGGAGCAGGUGGGUAAAGUGUCUUGCCCAAGGACACAACGGCAGUGACUAGGAUGGCAUAAGCGGGGAUCGAACCUGCAACCCUCAAGUUGCUGGCACGGCCGCUCUACCAACCGAGCUAUACCGCCCAAUGCUGUGAUGCAUCUGUGAAAUUACUACGCCACCGAAUGCUUAAAAUAUUUGAAAUAUGUAAAUAUUACAUGUUAUUAUGAAUAUUACUAGAUACUACAUAUAUACUUACAUCAUGUGUAUAUUACAUGUUUUUAUGAAUGUUACUACAUGUAAAAAUAUACUUACAUCAUUUAUAUAUUACAUGUUAUUAUGACUAUUACUAGAUACUACAUAUAUACUUACAUCAUGUGUAUAUUACAUGUUAUUAUGACUGUUACUAGAUACUACAUAUAUACUUACAUCAUUUAUAUAUUACAUGUUAUUAUGACUAUUACUAGAUACUACAUAUAUACUUACAUCAUGUGUAUAUUACAUGUUUUUAUUAAUGUUACUACAUGACAUAUAUACUUACAUCAUUUAUAUAUUACAUGUUAUUAUGACUAUUACUAGAUACUACAUAUAUACUUACAUCAUUUAUAUAUUACAUGUUAUUAUGACUAUUACUGGAUACUACAUAUAUACUUACAUCAUUUAUAUAUUACAUGUUAUUAUGACUAUUACUAGAUACUACAUAUAUACUUACAUCAUGUGUAUAUUACAUGUUUUUAUGAAUGUUACUACAUGUAAAAUAUACUUACAUCAUUUAUAUAUUACAUGUUAUUAUGACUAUUACUAGAUACUACAUAUAUACUUACAUCAUGUAUAAAUUACAUGUUUUUAUGGAUGUUACUACAUGUAAUAUAUACUUACUUCAUGUAUAUAUUACAUGUUAUUAUGAAUGUUAUUACAUGUAAAAUAUACUUACAUCAUUUAUAUAUUACAUGUUAUUAUUAAUGUUACUACAUGACACAUAUACUUACUGUACAUCAUGUACAUAUUACAUUAUGAAUGUUACUACAUUACCUACAGCGUGUAUAUAAAACGUUGAUGGAGGCUUUUUGGUGCGCUUUAUAGUCGAAGCGGAGCGACUCCCGUUGACUCCACAGUUGGCUGACUUUUGCUAGUGUCUAUUUAUGAUUUAGAAUGGAUAGAAAAAAGAAUGUGUUCCUGCUUUACAUAAAGAUUGUAAAUGAUUGAGAAAAUUACCAAAAAAAAGUGCAGUUCCCCUUUAAAUUGUAUUACUCACUCUUUAAUAUGACUAUCAUGUAUUAUUCAUGUGUAUUGUGUUUAUUAGCAAGCUAUAUGUCUCUGCAUUAGCUUGGAAUAUCAUUUUAGUGUUUGUGCUACGUGUCGAUUGACUUAAUUGAUCCAUGUUUCCUGUUAAUUGGGUUUCAAUUCAGUGAAAGACUAAUUGCCUCCUAUUUAUUGUGUUGAGUUGAGUCUGCAUGGGAAAAGCCCGGCGUGCCUUGCAGUGUGCAGUCAGUCUUCUUUCAGUGUGCACCCUCAGUCAGGCAGUAGCUGCUGUAUCUCAGGGCAACUGUUUGAAGGACCGGGACAUUUGCAACCAGCAGAUGUUGAAAAACAGCUGUUGCUGCUGCACGGAACACAAGGAACCUUCUCCUCCCGCCCUAACUUCCUCCAAAUACUGUUCAAGCGCAUGAUAGCAAACACUAUAUUUGCCAAAAAAGGUGCAUUUAUUUCACCCACCAUAAUCACACAUUCCAUAGCCAGCAAGUCAGUUGGAUUUUUUAGGGUGCACAAAAAAACGAUUCUUUUUCAUCUCGAUUCCUGAUUUUCCCCAAAAAAUAUAUCUAUAUAUAUAUAUUUUUUUUUUAAGAAUUAAUUUUCAACAAAUAUAUUUUCAGGCAAUCUCCAGGCAACCAGGAGUUUUUCUAAGCGGUUUUGAAAAAGUUGUGUUAUAUUUAUUAUACCGAACAACACAAUGCAAAGUCCCGUUGAAUAAAGAAUCGUUUCUGAUUCGAAUCAUCACACGAAGAAUCGUAGCCGGAUCGAAAUGUUCAGUUCCCCAAAGAUUCAGAGUGUACAAAAAAAAUCGAUUCACAUCUAAAUCUGGAUUUAUAUUCUGAUUUUAUCUGAUUGUAGUUCAAUUCUUAUUUUUUUCAAAUUGUUUAAAAAGAGGAAACUUUUUCAUUUUAUUUUAUUUUUUGAAGAAUACAUUUUUAAAAAUACGUUCUUAAAAAGAUUCAACCAUAAAAAUAGAUUCACAUCCGAAUCUCGAUUUGUAUUCAUCCCAAUUCUAAAUCGAUUCCUAAUUUUUUAAAAAUCAAUUAAAAACAAUUAGGGUUUUUUUCAAUUGUUUGAAAAAUCGAUUCAAAUCUGAAUCGUAUAAGGGGCGCAAAAAUAAUUGAUUGACAUCCGAAUCUUGAUUUUAUUUUCCCAAUUCUAAAUGGUCAAAAAUUGAUAAAAAAAAAGUUUUAAUAUUUUUUUACUAAUCAAUUUUGAAAGACGUUUAUAGGAAUACAUUGCGAGAAUCAAUCUCACAUAAGAACCAAGUCUGAAUGGAAUCGUCACCCCAAGAAUCGGACCGAAUCCUUACGCACACAAAAAUUCACCCCCGAGUGUUUUUGUUCUGCAUUUCACAAUUUAUAGCAAGCAGAUCAUGUAAAGUUUUUUCACUACAACAUAUAUACAGUAUCGGUUCAAAGAAGUAUUAAUCAUUAUUCCACACUGAAGAAACGAUAUUUGACUGAGUUGUUAUUGUUUUUUCUGCACAUUGCUUGGCAAUCACAAAAACAUGUUGUGUACUUAAAUGGGAAGUAAUCCAUUACUUUGUAUAUGAAUGUACUCUGCAUAAUAAACAGUUAUUUAAA